ACCUGCUGGAGGAAGAUAGAUUUCCCACCGAGUUGGGCCUCUCUUCCUCUUCCUCUCUGGUACAACCCACUGAGCAACCACUGGCCGAUUCUGUUGCCAAACGUUUCUUAAACAGAAGUAAACGAAUUUGUCCAAUAGAAAACUCUCUUUUUAGUUACAAAACGAAAUUAUUUUGACUAAUGAUUCCACCUCAGGGAGCAAGCUGUUCAGUGCUAAGGAAUGUGUAACGUUAGCGUCUUUCACAUUUAUCAAGAGCUGGAUUUUGAAAUAACCAUGUCACGUUUGCUAACGUUACAUUGAAGAAUACUUUGAUUGCCGGUGAUGGUAACCUGAGACAACAUGAGAGAAGAAACGGCUGAUCAAGCUAACGUUAUUGUCUGCCCUUGAGAGAUUUGCGGGAAUCGUUUUAGUAGAAAAAUCUGGUCCUAACGAACUUGAAAUAUGCAAGCCUAGCCACCUGGCAAUAACGUUACAUCUUCCAGAUGGGGUGUAGUGCUACUUCUGUGUACCACAGUAAUGCAGUGCUACUUUGACAAUUUGGAUUGAUAGCUUAGGCCUACUUGUGUUGAUUAGAUCAUCAUCCAAUAUUACACAAUUUCCAUCAUUUUGGGGGUUCUGUCAAACAUUACUGUAUUUCACACAUUUCUGACUGAGGGUUAGUAAAAUCAGCUUCCUGUCGAGAUGUUUUCAGCUCUGAAGAAGCUAGUUGGUUCUGAACCAGGCCAGCCGAGGGACAAGAACAUCCCCGCUGGUAUGCAGUCCAUGAAUCAUAGUUUACAGAGACGCUUUGCCAAAGGAGUACAGUACAACAUGAAAAUAGUUAUCCGUGGAGACAGAAAUACUGGAAAGAGCACUCUAUGGCAUCGACUGCAAGGAAAGAAAUUCACGGAUGACUACGUCCCCACUCAAGAGAUCCAGGCAACCAGCAUCCAUUGGAACUACAAAACCACUGAUGACGUGGUCAAGGUGGAGGUGUGGGACGUGGUGGAUAAAGGCCAAAAAUACCCUCUCCCUGAGGGUGUAGGCCGAGGUAAAAAACGAGGGGACACUUUGAAAGUGGAGAAUGAACCCCAAGAGUCUGACGAGGUGGCCUUGGAUGCAGAGUUCCUUGACGUUUACAAGAACUGCAACGGUGUGAUCAUGAUGUUUGACAUCACCAAGCAAUGGACGUUCAACUACAUCCUGAGAGAACUACCCAAAGUACCCACUCAUGUUCCUGUGUGUGUCCUAGGCAACCACAGGGACAUGGGUGACCACCGUGUCAUCCUACCUGAUGACAUCCGCCAGGUUAUUGCUAAUCUCAAUAGACCCAUGGGUUCCUCCUAUAUUCACUACGCUGAAGCCUCUAUGAAGAAUGGAUUUGGCUUGAAAUAUUUACACCGAUUUUUCAACAUCCCUUUCCUGCAACUGCAGAGGGAGACUCUGUUGCGGCAGCUCGAGACCAACCAGUUAGACAUGGACGCCACUCUGGAGGAGCUCUGCGUGCAGCAGGAGACUGAGGAUCAAAACUAUGAAAUUUUCUUGGAGAAUACGGAGACCCGCAAUAAAGGCUAUGGUUCACCUUGUCCAGCCAACGGUCAGAGCCCUUGCUCGGGCUCCCAAUCCCCCAUCGUCCCUCCAAGUGGGGCCUCCACUGGCAGCUCUAGCCCUGGGACCCCUCAGCAGCCACCCAUCGCUGCCCAGGUUCCUAACCUCCAGUCUCUCUCACCUUCUCCCUCUCCUCCACCUCCUGCCUUGCCAGCCGGGAUGGUUUCCCCCACCACUGAGCCUCAGUCCCCCACUCUGACGCAGGCUCGGAGUCCUGAUCAUCUUGGACCGUCACCAUCCCCCCCUGCCCAGGCACCGCCUCCUCAGAAACGUGGCCUCAUCUCACGUCUCUUUGGCUCCGCCCCUGCCCCAGAAGUCCCUGCAGUCAUGCCAGAGCCAGAGCCUUCCCCUGUGUGUCCUGCUAAAGUUCCGAGUGUGGAUGACUUUGUGCCAGACGAGGGUCUGGAUAAAAGUUUCCUGGAGGACAGCCUCCCCUCUAAAGUCAAGGUCCCCCAGCCAGCACCUGCACUGGACAGUGACAGUGAGGGAGAAGACAGAGGGAACCCUAUGGUGGCGGGUUAUCAGGAUGAACUAGACCCAGAUGACAAAGAGCUGCCCCAGCCCAGCACCCUGGGCCUUCUCACCAGUAAAGACUUCACCAUGUCCAGCGAUGAGGAGGAAGCACCACCAGCAGCACCCGCUGCCGUGCAGGAUGACCACCUUGACCGUGAAUCAGAGCUGAAAAAACUGGGCACUGAGUCCAUAAUGCCCCAUGCCAUGGAGCCUCAAGCUCCGGAGCCUUUGACUCCUGCUUCCCAGCUCCUGGAGAACACUGUCCUCUUGGAGGCAGAGCCAAUCUCCCUCACCAUGAUCCCUGCAGUAGCCCUGGAGCAGCCAGGCCCCCAGCCAGGCCCACCCAGAGCAAAGAAGGGGGGAAGCCCUGGGGUGGAGGGUUCAGACUCUGACCCAGAGGCCCCUGUUGCUGAACAGAUGCUUUCCUUCAUCAUGGAUGAUCCUGAUUUUGAGUCUGAGCAGGAGGUGGUCAUCCAGAAGAUAACUAAGGAGGUUUUCCCAGUCAGGGAUGAAGUACUGUCUGAUCUGGAGCUGUCAGAUGAUGACAUCCUUCCAGCCGUUCUGAUCCCUGAACCUCUGAAGGCCACGCCAGUUCUGAAGCCCUCCUUUAAGAGCAAGAAUGAGACAGACCUGUUUGGCUUGGACUUCACUGAGGAGGCCCCCAGAGCCAAGGACAGCAGUGAGGACCUAGAAGAGAAGGAAAGCAAACACUCCUCAAAGGAAAAGAAGAAAAAGAAGAAGAAAAACAAAGAGGAGGAGGAGAAGAGCAGCAAGAAGAAGCAUAGAAAGGACAAGAAAAAAGAGAAAGAUGAGACAGGAACAGGAGAUGACAAAGAGAAGAAAAAGAAGAAAUCUCGGACCAAGAAAACCGGGGAUGUGGAUGACUUGGAGGAUUUCUUGGCCGGAGGGGAGGGGUCAGAAAAUCGAGAGGGUGGAGACUAUGAAGAACUCUAGAACCCAAGUACUCCUUUUUUGGAACUUGACUCUGAAGAGCUGCAGAACCCAACUUGUCAUUUGAAACCUUUUGGUUCCUAGAACCAGAUUCAUUUGUGCACAAGCAGCAUCGCAAGCCAUAACCAUUGUCAUGCUCACCCAUUCCCAGGUAAAAACCUAGACUCUGGUGGCUGUGUGUUGCAUUGAUAUUAUUUCCCAUGAGCACUACUGAUGACAUCACCCUCUUGACCUUUGGAUGAGAUGAGAAACAGGAAGGAGACUUACACCCACUAUAUGAUCACUACUGGGUAAGAUCAAGGAGCCACUAAGGAAAGAUUUUACUUUUUUAUUUUCUGAACAUUUAACCUAACAUUUGUAUUUGCUUACGGUUUUUCCUUUUAACUUUUUAAAAGAUGCCAACCUAAAGUGAACCACUCCAAAAGGGCUAGGCAGGGCUAACAUGUUUUUGUCUGAAUGUCCUCUAUUUCCUAUAAGAAUUGCUUGACUGAUUGGCAGUGUAGAUAUUACAUCGUGGAGCCUUUUCAAGGUAGAUGGUCAUAUUUCACAUAUUGAAGAUUGCCCUCUUAUUUUGAUCCACUGGUUGUGUUUCUCUGACUCAGUGAUGUAAUGGUUGUUGGAAGUUGUGCUGCUUUAAUCUAGCCUAAAGAACUGCUAUCUCUGUUUAUAUGAUAAUGCACUCCCCCAAAAUGGAACAGGUUCCCCAAUGUACCAUUUUACAGCUAAACUGACCGUAGUUUUAUUUUGUCUACAUCCCAAAAGACACCAUGCACCCUUUUCCCUAUAUAGGGUGGUAUUUUUCACUAGGGCCCAUAGGGCUCUGAUCAAAAGUAAUGCACUAUAUAGGGAAUAGGGUGCCAUUUAGGAUGCAGACUUCGUGCCUCAGUACACAUUUUCAGUGUGUUUUCCUUAUUUGCCUUAAAAGGAAGUUGCAUACAAACACCAACCAUGUGUUAAGUGCUCUUACUGUAAGUCAAUUGAACUGCAUCCGAACUGACAGGAAGUAGCAUCAGACAGAUGUCCGGUGCCUUCGAUAGGUGAACUGUAACUGUAUUCUACUCCAACGUAUCAUAUGUGUACUUUGAAUUAGAGCCAGUACCACAACCUCGGCAGCCCAACACACAAUAUAUGGAAAUGUUUGCUUUUAUUCAGAGCUGCUGCUUGGACCUUGGAUUGGAAUCAUGUUUUAUAUUGUAAAGACAAUAACAAUUUAUGAAUAAUUGAAGUAAUAAACUGCUUACACAAAUAAGGCAAAACAAACAAUUAAUUGUUACUUCAUAAAUGUUCUGCAUUUCAAAACUCCUAUUAUUUUAACUAAGCAUUACUGUCUCGUUUUGAAGUUCAUUUGAAAUAUUAUUUUUUGCAAUGGCUGUUUUUCUUGGAGAUAUUUCAAAGGCAGCCUACUAACAUUGAAUGCAGCUUUUUAUCGCCUGAAACAUGUCGACAACAGUAGUGCUUCAUUAAUACUACUCUCAAAGUUAUUUACCUUCACCAAUUUUUUAUUAUGAGGAAAUACAAAGGGGAUUGUUUCAUACUAAGAUUACAACCAGGUCAUAUGUAUGUCACCUGGUUUGUCUGAAAUACAAAGGGUUCUAUUGGCUACUCCAAAUGUGUAGAUCUCCCAUGUGUUAGUGUGCUACAUCAGGUUGAAUAGUUGCAUCACAAAAAGUAACGAGUAAUUCCAAUCUGUUUACCUUGCGAAGACCACCAUGCUAUUCUGUAAUGACAGACACCCAUCAAUUUAAUUAAGAGCAGCAUGCAUUCAUAUGCAUAUCAGACAAGGAAAUAAAUGCAAGUGUUAUUCAGGAAUGACAUACAUUUUAUUUCCACAAUGUUACAAUGUAUGUUUUUUAAACUUUUAGAUGUUAAUUUUGUCAGUUUACAGUGCACUCUUACUGGUCUGAUAUCAAAAUGAAAUGUAAAAUGUAUGUUUUAAAAUCUGAAACAAUGCAUUGAUCUUGAAUACUGUGUGAUCUUCUUCCUUGUUUAGUUGUCAUUGGGUUGUUCAUAGCAAAAUGCUAAAAGCACAGUUCCAAUUGAAGCAUGAGACUUAUGUUGUGCAAUAACAAAAUAAUGUAUUGAAAGGAACAAUUUGUAUAUUUUAUUUUCAUCCCAUGAAAUGUUUCCAUAUUCUCACUGGAUGUGAACCUGUGUUUGGUUUGUCUAAUAAAUGCAAACUUAUUUCUUCAUCGAAAUAAGUUUCAUUUUUACUGCUUUGAAAA